AUGAUGACAUCCGGGUUUCAAAGCCCAGAUAAUAGCCCUCUGUCGCGUUCUGGUGUUCAUUUAGAUUAUGCACCCGAGGAUACAUUAAAAAGCUUUGUGAUGGAAAAGCGUCUUAAUCCGAAUUCCUCCUCUAGUCAACCCAUUAUUAAAAAUUGCCUCAAUGGAAAGGUGAAUGUUACAAGUGCUCUCGUCGGAGGCAGUGAUUCAGUGAAAAUAAAGAGACCAUUUCUGCGGAAAAAUCAGGGCCGAGCUGCUUGGUGUUCUCGCUUACGUUCGCCUUCAAAUAAUAUAAUUGCGAAUGUGGACAGUUCCAGAAAAUCGGGUUUAAACUCGAACGAAAAUGAGAAAAAGUCAUCUGGAAAUUUUAAUCCUGCUUGUAAUGAAAUUAAAUGUAAAAAUGAAAGUGGCUUUACACCGUUUGUUAAUAUUUAUUCCUGCGAUUCUGCACAAGACACACACAAACCUAUGAAAUGUCUCUCGAACUCGUCAUGUCUCAAUAGAAAUGAGAAAUAUAUUAAUUCCAAUAAUGCCUUAAAUACCACUGGAGAUGAAAAAGAAUUAGAAGAAUUUGAAAUGUUGGAACGUCUUACAGAAAAUCAGUUGAAUACUUUGGAUGCAGCACCGCCGACUUGCGAUUUUGCUGAAAAAUCUUCGAUAGAUUGUGCAUUUACUAAUUGCAAGCAGAUGAAUAACAACGGAGAAUUUAUGAAUAAUAGUUCUGGCGGAGGAUUUAGUUUUGGACAUGUAAGCCGAAUUACUUUUUCUUCAAUGCGUACCACAAAACCUCACCUUUCCGCUAUCGAUUCAACUUCCGUGGAAAGUGAAGAUCGGGAACCAUGGGAGGAAGAAGGAAAUUUAGUUUCGUCUAAGUCCUCAGAAGAUGCAACUCACUGUAAGCAAAAGUCCCUACCCUCAGUUCGAUUUAAUAUUCCGGAGGAGCCUUCCGAAUCCCAUAAUGAGAAGGAAAACUGUUUCGAAAAAGAACCACUUGAUAAAUCAUCAACGUCCGUCAAGGUUUGGAUCGCCCGUUUGGAAGCUGAAGUGAAUAGAUUCAAUGCUGAAACCGGUACUUUGAUCAGACUAAGAACGGAAAAGGAACAAGCACUUUCGGCUCUUGAAAAGGAAAAGAAAGAAUUCGAGAAGUUCAAGGAGACUACAAUGAAGGAGUUUGAGUCCUAUCGGCAGGAUGAAAUCAGUAAACUCAAGAGGGAACGCAAAGUCCUUUCAGAUUACCAAAAGAGUUUGCACACAAUGCCACAGAAACGCGAUCGGGAAGAGAUUGAACGACUAAAGCAGCAGUUGAGCGAUGAAAAAGCUGAGGCCGCACAAAGAGAAACACGUCUCCAGCACCAACUUAGUAGACAACGUCUCCGUAUAGAAGAGCUUACCACAGAGAAGAAUGAGCUUUUGGAGCGUAUCAAGAGGCUGGAGGAAUCUCGUUUGGCUAUGCAAAAUGCAAUUGCCGAGGAAAGGGCUAAUCGCUCACUCAAUGGAUCUAACAAGCUUCACAGAAAUAUUUACAAAUAUGCAGCUGAUGGCACAGUACAAACAACGAAACUUGACGGAACCGAAGAAAUAGUAUACAAUGACGGUCGAAGGGAAAUCAACUAUCCCCAAAAAAUGAUGCCCACAUCAACUUUCUCCAAUUCUCAACACCAGCAAUUGUCUCUACUGACUGCACAUCGACGUGAGCCGAGUUCAAAAAAAUCUUCAGAUCUACCAGAAAUUGUCGAGGAAUCUCGUUAUCCAGAUGGGAUUUCUGUUCAGAUCUUCUCAAAUGGCGAUAAAAUUAUUAGUCUCCCGAACGGUCAAAGGGAAAUUCAUUGUUCAGAGUUUAAGAGGAGAAUCUAUCCCGAUGGCACGGUGAAAACGGUGUUUUCCGAUGGCCGUCAGGAGACCCGUUAUGCUUCUGGAAGGGUGAGAGUAAAAGAUCCUGAUGGAAAUCUCCUAGUUGAUACAAGAAUUGCUCCAGUUUCACAAAAUGCAGCCGCUAACUUAGCCCCACUUCUUUCCUUAACUUCUUGCUCACAAACCCCGAGGUGA